CAAUAACCUCAAUCUGGUGUGGCGGGUUCCACUGUGUUGACUAAUUUGUUGGUUAGUGGUGUCACUUAGGUAGGUGGCUUGUUUGUUCAAACUAUCGUUCAUUUUGCUAGUCGAAUUGGUUAAUCACUAAUUUACGAUAAUCUUUCUCACAACCUGCAUCAUUUCUAACUUUUCAAUAUGAGCAGUAGCGACGAAAUUUCAUGGAUUUCAUGGUUUUGUGGUUUGCGUGGGAACGAGUUCUUUUGUGAAGUGGAGGAGGAUUAUAUUCAAGAUCGAUUUAAUCUAACUGGCUUAUCGGAGCAGGUUCCAGAGUACCGCGAUGCCCUCGAUAUGAUACUGGAUUUGGAAAAUGAUCCUUCUGACAAUCCAGAGAAUACGGAUCUCAUAGAACAGGCUGCUGAGAUGCUUUAUGGAUUGAUACAUUCAAGAUAUAUUUUGACGAAUCGUGGGAUUUGUAUUAUGGUAGCAAAAUGGCAACAGGGCGAUUUUGGUUACUGUCCCAGGGUAUACUGUGAAAGUCAGCCUUGUUUACCAGUCGGUUUGUCAGAUGUCCCAGGUGAAGCUAUGGUCAAAAUAUAUUGUCCCAGGUGCCAGGAUACAUAUACACCAAAAUCUACUCGUCAUCACCACACAGAUGGAGCAUAUUUUGGUACUGGUUUUCCGCAUAUGUUGUUCUUAGUCCAUCCAGAGUAUAGGCCGAAGCGAGCUAGCAAGCAGUUUACUGCAAGGUUGUUUGGCUUUAAAAUACACCCCUUGGCUUACCAGUUGCAAUAUCAAGCUGCUGCAAACUACGUCAUGCCUGUACGACCUGGUUUCCCUAAACGUGCAUAACUCUGGAAACCGUCUUCCUGUGGAUCAUUGUCUGCGUAGGAGUGAUCAGAGACCUUUUUGUAUUUUUCACAACUGCGUUGAAAAUUCACCAGUUCAAGUGAAAGUGAUCUUUCUUAAGUAAAAUAAAAGAACAUUCUAUUCCA